UGCGGGGAUUUUGGAAUGUUCUAUGCAGUGAGAAGGGGCCGCAAGACCGGGGUGUAUCAUAUCUGGAAUGAAUGUAGAACACAGGUGGACUGGUUUCCUGCUGCUGCGAGAUUUAAGAAGUUUGCUACUGAAGAUGAGGCUUGGGCCUUUGUCAGGAACUCCGUGAGCCCUGCUGCUUCAGAAGGCAUAACUAAUAGGGUUAAAGGUUGGAAGAAGAAUGGAUGGAGAACCAGCACAGGGAAAGAGGUGAUCAACAAAGAAGACUUCGUUGAACUGGACAAACUCACCCAGGGUACGGAUAUUCAGUGGAUGCAUAUUCCUGGCCAUUCAGGAUUUGUAGGUAAUGAAGAAGCGGAUAGAUUAGCAAGAGAAGGAGCGAAGAAGUCCGAAGACUGAAAGAAGUCAUUGUAAUUCUUGGGAACAUGCACUGGGGGCCGUUUUGUUGCUUUUACUUAUUGGCGUGGAAAAUAAAAG